AUGGAGCCGAGCGAGGGCUCCAUCCCCAAGGACAUCGAGGGGACGUUUUUCAGGAACGGCCCCGCAAAAUUCAAGGUGGGCGAGGAUGUGGUGAAGCACCCCUUCGACGGAGACGGUAUGGUGAUGGCGAUCAGCUUUUCGAAGGAGGGGGCGUACUUCCGGAACAGAUACGUGAAGACGAAGGGGUACAAAAAAGAGCUGGCAGCCGGAAAGAUGUUGUACAGAGGCUUUUCCAAUCUUGCGGGGGGGGCGCUGAAAAACGCCUUCAAGAUGACGACGAAAAACUUGGCGAACACGAACGUGAUUUACUGGGGGGGCAUGCUGCUGGCCCUGUGGGAGGGAGGCCUGCCUCACCGAUUGGAUCCGAAGAGCCUGGACACGUUUGGAGAGACCAUGCUCGGGGAGACGAUCGAUGAAAACCGCAAGAUCUUUUCUGCUCACCCAAGGGUCGACGCUAAGCGGGAGCGAUUGGUGGGCUACGGCACGAAGAACCUCAAGGAGACGAGGUUGUACGAGUACGACAAGAACUUCAAGCUCUUGCAGUCCCGUCUGGUCAAGGAGGCAAACGGACUGCUUCACGACUUUGGGGUCACGGACAACUACACCAUAUUCUUCAGCGCCCCUGUGGCGCUGGAACCUCUCAAGUGGGUGCUCGGCCUUGGGACAUUGUCGUCAGCGCUCAAGUGGCAGGGGGACAGCAAGCCGGCUAGGAUGGUCAUUGUGCCUCGGGAUCCCUCCAAAGAGGUCAAGAUCAUCAACGUGCCCGCGAAAUUCUGCUUCCACUUCGCGAACGCCUUCGAAGACCCCAAGAACGGGGAGCUAGUCGUGGACGUGGUUGAAGCGGACUUCCUGUACCUGGACCAGGAAGAGGAGGCGGAUGUUCCCGUGUGGGACAACAUAGACUGGAAAAAGUUUCCGAAGAACAAGUUGCAACGGUACCGCCUGGACGUGUCCUCCAAGGAAGGGUCCCUGGUCAGCUCGUCGACCUUGUACGGGAAGAACGUUGAGUUCCCCAAGGUCUCGUGCCAGGAGCACCGGUACAUAUGGGCGGUCUGCGGGUCUAACGAGAGCGACGAGGCAUGUCCCGUGCAGGGGGUGAUGAAGGUCGACACAGUGGAGGGGACUAUCGAGAAGUGGAUGCCCGAACCCCACGAGUUUUUGGGGGAGUCGACCUUUAUCCCGCGAAAAGGGGCCCCACCAGAUGCCGCCGAGGACGACGGGUACGUGGCCCACACCCUCGUCAACGGAAGGGAUCACAAGACAGAGGGAAUUUAG